AUGACAGAAAGAGCGUCUUCUUUGGGCUUCCACAAGCUUCGCGAGAUACUAAUCAGCAGGAAGUUCAAGGACCAGGAUAACGUGCCGGUAGCAAUACCAACGGUCUCUGCACUCUUUAUUGGCUCCUAUGGAGCUGCUACAAAUCUUCAAGCGCUUAAGCAAUCAGAGAUCACGCAUAUACUCUGUGUCUCACCAACUCUACCAUUGAAAUUUCCCGAUGUGUUUACGUACUUGCAACUUCCAGUAGCAGACCAGCCGAAUGGAAGGAUUUCCAUAUACUUUGAUAAAGCAUUUCACUUUAUACACAGUGCGUUAGCUUCUGGAGGAAAGGUGCUCGUGCACUGUUUUAUGGGGCGAUCAAGAUCGGCCACAAUAAUUCUUGCGUAUCUCAUUGCGAUUCAUGACUUUACACUUACAAGUGCAUUACAAGAAUUACGACGAGUGCGACCUCAAGCUCAACCUAAUAGUGGCUUCUACCAGGAAUUAGUCUCCUUAGAAGCACGACAUCGCAAAGAGAAACCGAAGACCAACCUUUCGUCUUGA